AGCUCAUGUACUGCAGUAUGUGGGGAGAAGUUUCUAGAUUGCCAUGAGGCCAGGAGAUCGUUGGGGAGAGCAUGAGGACGGAAGGGAAAGGGGCCCCUGCGCAUGCUGUGACAGUUAGUCCCAGACAAACAGUACCUGUGAGAGAGGCAGCAUCCCAGCGGGCAGCUCGAGUGACAGAGCAGAGAGCGGGGGACGGAGACGCUGGCAGAGAGGCAGUCCUGGUAGCGGCGAUGCUAGAGACGCUGCAGGCAUGGAAAUAGGCGCUGGCAAAAAGAUAGUCUCGGUGACAGUGAGGCUGGAGAACGCUGCAGGCAGACAAAUAGCCCCUGGCAUAGAGGCAGUCCCGGUGAUGUUGGAGAGCCAGAGAGCUGUGCAAUAGAGGCGCAAGCAACCAGAGUAAGAGGGAGAAUGGUGAGGAGUGAGAUCCUGUCAGUGCUGAGGACUCACUGAUUGGUACAAGAACUACAAUAAGAGGUACCUACACUAUCUGUCUUACAAUAAUCAGACAGAGGGGGUGGAGAGGCAGAGCGUAGAGGAACAAGAGGAAUAGGAGGAGUCGGGGGAGCUACCAGAGGUGAGCAACUAUCCGUUGUGUCGCCUCCCCCUGGCAAGAGACACCAUAAGCAUUCUUCUGUAUUAUAUGGACUGAGGCCAGUUAUAGAAUACACAUUACUAUAUAGACUGUGGCCGAUUAUAUACUACAUACCCAGAGAUGCUACAGGUGCACUAUUGUCACAUAUAGACUGAAAGCCCAGAACUGUAAAGCCUGUUAAAGUAGAAAGCUGCAAAAAGAAGCACCCAUAUCGGGAUAGCUAUUGAAAUAGAGACAUUCCUGAAGGAGGGGCAACUAUAGACUGAAAGAGAAGUAACUAUUAGCGAACUGAAGGCAUACCGUUUCUCUUAUCUACCAGCAUGACGAAAAGAUAGAAACGCCUUAGAGUAAUGAUAGACUUUACUAGUAAAGCCUCACGACACAGAGAAACUGAUGAUACUAAAUCUGGAUAGCUGUCAGGGACAAUAGGAUGUGUAUAUGCUUUGAUAUAGCCAGCUGGUGACCAUUUACCAUCAGAGAGAAAAGUCAGUAAUAACCAGCCUGACCAGUCAGAGUGGAAAAUUAACCCCUAACUGGAUGUUAAGAGGAAAAGUGAGUUAUAAUAACAGUGUCAUCGCUGAGUAAAGUAAAGGAAGCAGUCCAAGCUGGAUAUAUUCUAUAACUGAGGCAGUAUAACUGUAGCAUGUAACAACUCGGAAACCAUGGGCCCCAACAGUGCACAAAUGUUUGUAUAAACACUCGGGUCGAUCUCAUUUUUUAAAGAUCUGAUAUGGUACCAGAGGUAAUUUUUUGUUAUGCAUGCGAAUACAUUGUAUAGGAUGGGGAGAGUAUAGUGAUUAACUUGCGUAAUAAUUAUUAUAUAGGUGGUAAUGUUUGUUGGAACGGUCUAAAGAAUUUAUUGACGCUGAUAGCCCAACUAUAGUUGUACAAUAAAGCUAUUAUACUUACCACUGCCUGACUCUUCUGCUAGGGGACCCGACAUGCCUAAUGGAGAGAAAACAGGUAAAUGAAUUAUUGGAUUGUGUGUAAUGCAUUAUCUAUACACAUAGGCGACUACACAUUAGAUACGGCUUACCCAAACAAGCCGGGUGAUAUAACACAAUAGUUAAUAGUUUGGGUGGAGGCACAAAGGUAGUUGAUAGUAACUCUCUCAAACAGCUACCCCAGAGCAGAGCAAGGGGGUUACAAAGUGGAGGCACUGCUGAGAUCCUGAGUAGAGCCAGUAAAACACAAGGUUGGGUAGCAAUAUCUGAAGAUUAUGGAAGUACUGACAGGGGAAGAUGUAUAUGUAUGGGGUCAGACGAAGAAGAAGGACCCCAGAAGGUGUAUAGGAAUUGGGGGAGACUUUGUAGGGUUCUCUGAUGAAGAUGUGGUUGGUAAGACUGGCGCUCUGUAUGGAAUAACUAGACCCAUAAUAGUGGAUAAACGGAGGGGAGCAGCGGGAGAAUCAGUUGCCAUAUUAAUAGAAAUAGAAAAGGAACCAGAUGCUAAUUUGAUACCACAUAUGAUGAUGGCAGAUGAGAAUAUGGGGAAGAAAUGGCGCAUCAUAUUACCUGUUAGGAAAGAGAAUGAAGUAGAUGAUGCUGGCCCUUCGGGAGCUCCUGUGAACAUCUCAGAGAAGGGGAAAGGAGAUUCAAAUGUAACAGGUGGACAAUUUCAAACAAUAGUAGAUCGAGUUGUUUCCCAACUAGAAAGUUGGCACUACGAGGGGAGUUAUCGUAGGCUAAGAAUUUUUUCGGGCAUUGUACCUGUACCUACAGGGGAAGAUCCAUAUGAAGCUUGGAAAGAGGCUGCAGUACAACAGGCAGAAGAAUGGCAGUGCCCAGAUCAGAUUAAACGUCAGAGGGUGGUAGAGAGUCUCCGGGGUCCCGCUAUGGGAAUAGUGCAAGCGGCUAGGCAAAGCAAUCCCAACGCUACUUUGGAGACAUAUCUUGAAGCCCUAGAUUAUGCUUACGGUACGCUGGAAGAUGUAGGGGACUUAAUAUCUCGACUACACCACACAUUUCAGGAGCCUGGGGAGAAACUAAGUUCAUAUGUGAUUCGGGUUGAUAAACUAUUAUACAAAAUUGUGGAUAAGGGAGGAAUAAGCAGAGAAGAAGUGGAUAAGAGUCGAAUGAAACAGCUGCUCCGAGGGGCUUUGACUACGGACUCGGUUGCACAGAAGCUGAGAUGCUCUGGAACAAGAGAACCUGCUCCUGCUUUCAAUGAGUUGUUGAAGGAGGUAAAGCAGGAAGAAGCGUUAAUAGAGAUGCGAGAGAAGACAAUAAAGAAGAUUAAAGUGGUACAGUCUACAACAGAGAUCAAUUCCCUGGAGGAUAAACUAUUAAAAAUGAUGGAAGAACAAAACAAAAAGAUAGAUCAGUUUAUAGCUACCUACAAUGCUCAUAGUUCUUCCCAGAAUAACUCUCCCAAUGAGAAUGUAAGAGGGAAGAGGAACACAUUCUCAAAUAGAGGAUGUUUCAAGUGUGGGAGGUUUGGACAUAGGGCUUUUGAGUGUAAUCUUAAUCAAAAUAUCUCCCGAGUGCCUAAAAACAGCUCUGGUAGGGAAGAUGCUGACCAGGGAAACGGACGGGGGAGGCCCGUGGACCCCACACAGGCCUCCUAG